AGGACUCCUGGAAGCGCCAACCAGUGAAAGAUCAGCAGGUAGUGCCACAACCGUUUAUAAAGUGGGCUACACAAGUAACAAGUAACUGUGCUGGAAAUAUAACAUAUCUUGCUGCAUAAUGAAUCUAUAACCAGCAUUAACUACUGUACAACAUGUGCACUGAUUCAGCAGGUGUAACUGUCUGGCUGCUGUAUCUCACUGCAGGCUGUCUGUGCUGGAGACAGUGUAAAACUGGUUUGCAGUAUCAUAUAAACAAUUUUGGGUAACUUUAUAAAACUUUAAGAUGAGGAUUACUACCUUUAAGACAACAGGAACAGUGUCUUAGUCCUGCACAUGGAAACUGGUGCAUCAGGUAAAAGUUCCUACCUUAGCUGUGCACUUUGGUUCCCCCUGCAGUAGCAGAGCAGAUAGUGUUCCUGGGAAAUACAGUCUUAUGGGAAACAAGAUGUAAUUAAAUACUGAACUUGUUUAAAAGCACAAUUUUAAUUAGGGGGAUGCAUUAUAACCUUAUACCUCUUACAAAUUACUGUUAUGAAUGCCCAUUCCCCUCCUGCUCAGUUUACAUAUCCCCCUUUCCUUGUUUCUUUGCCUGGUUACUCCUGUACUUUAACCCUUUCUGCCAGAAAAGCCUAAGCAGUUAAUGUUCUGCCCAAAACUCCCACUAUUCUCUUUCCUAAGUGGUGGCCAUGAUUUUCUUUCUUCAGAAGUGAGCUACAAUCUUAUUGCAUCUCUCUGAGUUGUUUUCCAAUCAGAUUUAAUCUCACUUCUAUUGACAGAAAAUCAGUCCCACAGCAUAUCUGUGAGUUAUGUGCAAUCUUCCACCUCAUGAAACCAGCUUCUGAUAGGGUGCAGCAGCUUUAUUUUACAGGGCAACUCUAAACCCUUCAUAGAACAUCACUGGGCAUGAUAUAUAUGAGCAUAUACAUUAAGGACAGUAUUCAUAGUCCUUUGAAUGCUUUGUAUUUUUAACAGAAUGUUUUCUUUUGUUUAUAAGUUUUAAUAUUAGAUUUUAUCGCUUAUUACUCGCAAUGGAGUUUGCAAUCAUGGAAAUUAAUGCAUCAAAUGAUCUUUUACCCAAUAUAACACUGGGCUUCCACCUCUAUGAUUCCUGUUAUAAUGAGAUACAGUCACUAAUAGGAGCAACAUGGAUUUUAUCAGGGAAAGAAAAUGGAGUGCCAAACUUUCACUGCAACAAGGAUCUUAUGCCACUGGCUAUUGUUGGCGACUUGCCCUCUAAGGCCUCAGAGCCCCUAGCAAGGAUCUUGGGAUUGUACAGAUAUCCGCAGAUUAGCUAUGCUUCUGGGCUGCCUUUAUUGAGCAAUAAAAUUCAGUUUCCAUCCUUCUUCAGGACAAUAUAUAAUGCUGACUAUGAAUAUUUUGCCAUUGCUCAUGUGGUUAAGUACUUCAACUGGACCUGGGUGGGUGUUAUAUCCUCAAAUAAUGACUUGGGGAUAUUAGGUGCUCAAAUUAUAACUAGAGAAAUAGAGAAGAAUGGUGGAUGCAUUGCAUUUCAAGAGACACUUCCUAUAAUCAGCUCCAUGGAGUCCGUCUACCGUAUCAUUGGUGUUGUCAAGAGAUCCAGAGCAACAGUGAUCAUUUUAUUUUGUACCUUAGAAAACCUUAUCCCUUUAAUGGAACAGGCUUCUUUUCACAAUAUCACUCACAAAGUGUGGGUGGGAACCUCAGGCUGGACGAUUACUUCUGACUUCCCUAGGACUGACAUCUUAACAACCUUAAAUGGGAGCCUUGGAUUAGCACCUCAAAAGGGGAAAAUUCCAGGCUUUAUGGAGUUUCUUUAUAGCAUCCAUCCUUCCAGACUUCCAGAUGAUCCUUACAUGAAGUCAUUUUGGGAAACUGUUUUUUAUUGUAUUUGGCCAGGAAAUGAUACAGUCAAUAAUACAUCUCCAGCACUGCUUAAAGAAGACAUUGUUUGGUGCACAGGAGAGGAGAGACUGGACAGUAUUGAUCCCAAUAUAUAUGAUGUAUAUAACUUUAUAUAUUCAUAUAGAACACAUAACGCAGUCUUUGCAGUAGCUCAUGCUUUGCACCAGAUGAAGAACUGUGUCCCAGGGAAAGGGCCUUUCAAGAAUGGAUCUUGUGCUGAUAUUUAUAACCACCGGCCUUGGCAGCUGCUUCAUUACCUCAGAAAGGUAGACUUCAACAACACAGCAGGGAAAAGAAUAUAUUUUGUUGAGAAUGGGGAUGUCCCUCAGUCUGUGGACAUUUUGAACUGGCAGCUGUUCCCUAAUGGAAGUAAUCAGUAUGUCUCUAUUGGUAGUUUUGAUUCCGGCUCUCUAAAUGGCGAGGGGCUCAGUAUUCAGCUAAACAAGAUUUUAUGGAAUGGAGGACACAGCCAAGUCCCGAGUUCAGUUUGCAGUGAUCCAUGCCCCAAAGGCUACAGAAGAGCUGCAAUUCAGGGGCAGAAGGUCUGCUGCUUUGAUUGUCUGCCAUGUUCUGAAGGAGAGAUUCUCAACCCAAAUGAUGACAGUAAAUGUCUCAAGUGCCCAGAAGACAAAUGGCCUGAUAGCAGAAAAGAAGAGUGCCAACCAAAGCUCAUUCAGUUCCUUUCUUAUGAAGAGACUCUGGGCUCCAUUUUAGCUUGUAUUUCAGUCUUGUUUUGUCUCCUUACAUUUUCAGUGUUUUGCUUGUUUAUAAUCAAAAGAAAGACCCCCAUAGUGAAGGCAAAUAACAGAGAUCUCAGUUACCUACUUCUCAUCUCCCUCAUGUUUGGCUUCAUGUGUUCCUUGGCAUUCAUUGGCAGACCCAACCGGAUAAUGUGCAUGAUACGCCAGGUCAUGUUUGCGGUCAUUUUUUCACUUUGCGUUUCUACCAUACUAGCAAAGACUAUCACUGUCAUAAUGAUAUUUAGUGCUACAAAUCCAGACAGUAAACUAAAGAAACUAGUGGGACUAAGAAUACCCAUUUAUAUUGUCCCAGUGUGUACCAUGGUUCAGGUAAUUCUAUGCAUAGUUUGGCUGACCACAGACGCUCCAUUUGCAGAGUUCAAUAUGGCAGCAGAAAUAGGAAUAAUAGUGAUUGAGUGCAAUGAGGGGUCAAGGGUGUUAUUUGCUUUUGUCUUGGGGUACAUGGGUCUCUUAGCUUCCAUUAGUUUACUCGUUGCCUUUCUGGCUAGGAAGCUCCCUGACACAUUUAAUGAGACCAAGUUCAUUACAUUCAGUAUGUUGGUAUUUGCCAGUGUUUGGGUGACAUUUAUACCUGCUUAUCUCAGUACCAAGGGGAAACAGACAGUGGCAGUAGAAAUCUUUGCCAUUCUCUCUUCAAGUGCUGGGUGUCUUUUUUGCAUCUUUUCCCCAAAAUGUUAUACAAUAUUACUGCACCCAGAAAUGAACAGCAGACAGUACAUUACAGGGAGAAAUGCUAGAAACCAAGGGAUACAAUAGGCAUCUGAACUUAUCUGCAAACUUAGAUUGUAAGCUCUACGGGGCAGGGACCUCCUUCCUACUGUGUCUCAUACCACAUGGCACUUACU